ACUCAAAGAGAAAGUAGGAAAAAAUACUUAAUAAACUUACAGAGUACAGACUCAAAGUGUAAAGACUCAGAGAGUACAGUACUCAAAGCGAAAGGAUAGAAAAAUACAUAUAUAGCACAGUAAGUUCACAGUGUACAGACUCAAAGUGUAUACAACUCACAGAGUACACUACUCAAUGCGAAAGGAUAGAAAAAUACAUUAAUAGCACAAUAAGCUCACAGUGUACAGAUAGAUGUCAUAUAGCAUUAUAGUUAGUUAUUGAUUAACUAUUUUACUAAGAGGUCAAAGCUCAGCAUUACAAAGCAAUAUUGCUAGUACUAUAUCACACCAAAUCAGAAUUUAAAACACAUGCACAUACUGCAUGAACCAAUAAUUGCAUUAAAUUUGUCUGCAUUGUGUUUGAACUUGAAGAAGGAAUUGGAUAGUUCGUCAUAAGAUUCUUUCAUUUGGAUAUUGCUUUGGAUAAGGCAUUAUCAAUCAGAGUAUAAAAUCCUAAGCUGAGAAAUACUGGAAUAAGUGGUUUAGGUUUAUUUACGAUGUCUUCCAACACUGUUCCAACUGAUGCCCCAGAGCAUUGUCCAGGGACAGGAAGUGAACAAGCGGGUAAAGCUGAUGCCUGCGGAGGAUGUCCUAACCAGAAGAUAUGCGCAAGUGCAACCCCCAAACCUCCUGAUCCUGCCAUUGAUGAAAUUGCAGAGAGGCUGUCUCAUGUCAAGCACACAAUAUUGAUCCUCUCUGGGAAGGGAGGUGUAGGAAAAAGUACUUUUACAGCUCACCUUGCACAUGGUCUUGCGAGUGAUGAUACCAAACAGGUUGGGGUACUUGAUGUGGAUAUCUGUGGCCCCUCGAUCCCCAGGGUCAUGGGCCUAGAAGGGGAGGAGGUCCAUCAGAGUGGAUCAGGGUGGUCCCCUGUGUAUGUUGAGGACAACCUGGGGGUCAUGUCUGUAGGAUUCCUGCUAGGUAGUCCAGACGAUGCAGUCAUAUGGCGUGGUCCGAAGAAAAAUGGCCUGAUUAAACAGUUUCUCCGUGAUGUAGACUGGGGAGAAAUCGAUUACUUGCUCAUUGACACACCCCCAGGAACCUCUGACGAACACCUCUCCAUUGCACAGUAUCUCUCCAAAGCUAACAUAGAUGGCGCUGUCAUCAUCACAACACCACAGGAAGUAGCAUUACUUGAUGUACGCAAAGAAAUCAGCUUUUGUCGAAAAGUAAACAUGCCAAUUUUGGGAGUGGUUGAAAAUAUGAGUGGAUUUGUAUGUAAAAAUUGCAAAAAGGAAAGUUUGUUGUUUCCCCCAACAACUGGAGGUGCUGAAAAAAUGGCGGCUGACAGUGGGGUUGAUUUUCUCGGGAAGCUCCCGCUUGACCCAAGACUAGGACAGUGUUGUGAUGAAGGGAAAUCAUUCCUUACGGAAGUCCCCGAUUCUCCAGCAACACAUGCUUUUAAGAACAUUAUUGGAAAUAUUAUCCAACGAUGCAAUAAAGGUGGCAGCACGGAGCCAGACACAGGAGAAACACAGAUGGAUAUUAAUUGAACCUUUACUCAAAAUGCUUUGAAAAUGCAUUCAAAGGAGACAUUUUUGAAUAAUGUUCAGCGUGUGUUUGCACAAUUUACAAAUUCUCAUGACAAAAUCAAAGAAUGACCAAAAUUGGUCAACGUAUCCAAUUUUUCAUGAAUUUCCAAUUCUAUUUCUGUAUUGUAUUUUUGGUAGGAAUAAUAAAUAUUAUCAGA